AUGUCGAAGCUCCCCGAACUCCCGCCCAACUAUGCCAAAGCCUUGGAGCUUAUUGAUGCGGCCCACGCCCUCGACCCUAGGCCGGGCAAGGAUUCCAGCCCAUUCGAGCUCCAUUACGCCAAACACAUGACCCAGUGGGAGAACCCGAGGAGCAACUUCCCCAUGAACAGGGCAGGCUACUUGACCUGGCGGAGCAAGCUAAAGUCGCUCGCAGCCACGCAAGUAGCCGAGCUGCUGGCCUCGCCUACCAUUGAACCAGCUAUCCCCGAGGAGGAUAUCUCGCGCAUCGCGGGACUCAUCCGCAAAGAGAACCUCACGACCAAUGAGGAAACGCAGGUCCUCGAGGAUGUGGCAUGCCUCCUCAAGGCAGCAUCCCAACAUCUCCAACCCCCAUCUCUCCCGCGCGGCAUCCCCCUCCGAAAAAUGGCACCCACCCCGAACCCCCAAGCCCGCCCGCCAAACCCCCUCUCCACCCUCAUCAACGUCCACGACUUCCACCUCGCCGCCCAAACAUCCUUCACCCCCAAAGCCUGGGCCUUCGUCACCUCGGGCGCCACAGACCUCCACACCAAGCGCCGCAACAGCGCCACCUACGCCGCCAUCACCCUCCGGCCCCGCGUCCUCCGCGACGUCAGCGCCCGCCUCGUUCCCGCUGGCCGACAUCCUGGCCGAGAUCAAGCCCGCGGCGGGGCGCGGCGGCGACGACGACCCGAGAUCGCCAACGACGAGGGCGACUUACCCGUGUUUCUACAGCUCUACGUCGACAGGACGCGCGCAAACACCGAGAAACUCCUCAAGAACGCCCUCGACUGCGGCAUCGACGGGCUCUUCCUCACCGUCGACUCCGCCCUCCCAGGCAAGCGCGAGGCCGACGAAAGGAUCCAGUCCGACGAGUCCCUCACCUCCGCCAUCUCCGGCAUCCAGGCGCGCAACGACGCCAAGGGCGGCGCCCUCGGACGCAUCAUGGGCAGCUUCAUCGACCCCGCCCUCUCGUGGGACGACGUGCCCUGGCUGCGUCAACACCUCCCCGGCGUGCCCCUCGUGCUCAAGGGCAUCCAGACGUGCGCGGACGCCGUCAAGGCUCUGGAGGCCGGCGUCGACGGCAUCGUGGUGUCGAACCACGGCGGCCGCAACCUCGACACCGCGCCCGCCACCAUCAUGGUGCUCCUCGAGCUCCGGAAAAACUGCCCCGAGGUGUUUGACCGCAUGGACGUGUACGUGGACGGCGGCAUCACCCGGGGCACUGACAUCUUCAAGGCCCUGUGCCUCGGGGCCAAAGCCGUGGGGCUCGGUCGGGGGUUCUUGUUCUCUCUAAACUAUGGCGCCGAGGGGUCAAACCCCGCGUCUGAGCAGGCUGUAAAGUAG